ACAUUUCGUAUCGUCUGCUGAAGUGGCUUGUGCGCAGGCUCGGGCAAAAUGGCGCCUGUGAAUAUUUUGUUGGACAUUUCCUCGGAAAGUAAGGUUUCGAUCGAUAUUCAUAGAACCUUGCUGGAUUUUUUAGCUAUAGGUGUUUUACAAACAUGGUGCUGUCGUUGAACCAUUUAGAUACGUAAUUAGUGAUUGGCGUGAUUACUUUCUCCCUAAGUUUCUUCGGAGUGGAACCGGAGACAUGUUUUCAUGUUGAAAUGACCCUCCCUUCACGCAGGGGAGGUUGUGAACCAUGACAGAUUGUAAUGUGAACUAGAAGAUAUUCUUAUGACACAGUUCGGAAUAAAUUCCAUUUCGAGACCUUGUGCAAAAUAAGGUGCCAUGUUUCUCAGUUUCAUGUGGCUAAUAAUUCUAUGUUGAUAUGAACUACCAGAAUGAUGUGACACUGUAACAUGUUAGAACUGGUAAAGCAGUUACUGAGAGAUAUCUGGAGUCUGCAAUGAAUGCACAGACAGCAGAUUCGCUGACUGUGCUGCAUGGUGCAGACACAGCACAUGCUCAUGCUGUAGUUACUGAUGAGGAAGAUGACGACGGAUGUCCAUCUUCCCCAGGCUCUAGCACGCAAUAUGUCGAAGGCGGUGACUUGAUGGCCGCUGCUAUGAAUGAUGAGGUGACAGCGCAGCUCGCCGCAGCAGGUUGGCAAAAGACACACGGCCCUGUGGGAGUAGCAGCAGCAGCGGCCAUAGUAUCGGCUAAGAAACGCAAACGACCACACUCGUUUGAGACCAAUCCCUCAAUUAGGAAGAGGCAGCAGAAUAGAUUGCUUCGAAAGUUACGGCAAACAAUCGAUGAAUUUGCGACGAGGGUAGGACAGCAGGCUGUUGUAGUUGUAGCAACGCCUGGCAAGCCCCAAAACAGCUUCAAAGUGUUUGGGGCUAAACCACUAGAAGAUGUGAUGAGGAACAUCCGCACAAUGAUAAUGGAUGAAUUGGAAUCUGCAUUAGCACAACAAGCUCCACCACCCGUCCAGGAAGACCCGUCGCUGUAUGAAUUACCUCCACUUAUCAUCGACGGUAUCCCUACGCCUGUCGAAAAGAUGACUCAAGCACAACUGCGAGCCUUCAUUCCUCUGAUGCUCAAAUAUUCGACAGGGCGUGGGAAACCAGGGUGGGGUCGUGAGUCGACGAGACCUCCUUGGUGGCCCAAGGAACUACCUUGGGCAAAUGUGCGUAUGGAUGCGCGCACAGAGGAUGAGAAGCAAAAGUGCCGCAAUUUGCAGAUAUCGUGGACACAUGCUCUGCGCCAAAUAGUCAUCAACUGCUACAAGUACCAUGGGAGGGAAGAUCUGCUCCCUGCAUUCAGUGAGGAUGAAGAGGCCAACGGGACUGUGACAGCGGUCGUUUCUGGCAGCUCUUCUAGUAACACUGGCUCAGCAUCACUUGUGGGCACUGCUGCUACCAGUACUGGUACUGCGACCAUUGUGGGAACAGCGAAUAGGAGUUCAGUGUCUGCUGCAACACAGGCAACAGUGACAGCGCAGUAUGCUCCAGCAGUUCUGCAGACAAUUAGCAAUGCAGAUGGUACAGUCUCCAUCAUCCAGGUGGACCCAAAUAAUCCUAUCAUCACAUUACCUGAUGGUACAACUGCUCAAGUCCAGAGUGUCACGGCUCUGGCUGAAGUUGGCCCAGGUCAAGGUGAAAAUGUGGCUGUGGACCUUAACAGUGUAACAGAAGCCACUCUUAAUCAGGAUGGCCAGAUAAUUCUUACUGCAGAGGAUGGUCAUGGUUAUCCAGUAUCUGUCUCUGGAAUGAUAACUGUGCCAGUCACUGGAUCAAUGUAUCAAACUGUGGUGGCAAAUCUACAACACCUCCAUCCACAAGGGGAGCCAGGUAGUUUGCAGGGUGAAGACCGUCUGUUCCAGGUGGUGACACCAAUGGUACAGGUACCAAAGGCAGAGCCAGGGGGUGAUGCAUCUGCUGCCACAGAGGUGGAGGCUAUCACAGUAACGCCCCAGCAGUUGCUGGGACCGCACCAGCUAGUUAGUGUCCCUGGUGAACCACAGCUACUGCAGGUUCUGUCUCUGAAAGAGAGCCCACCAACUCCAGGUAAUGCAGCUGUACAUACCCCUCCUCACAGAUCGACUAUGCAGUUACUGUCUCUCAAGGACAGCUCAUCAACUCCAGGAUGAACCUAAGAUGUGAGGUGAUCUGUUCUCUGCCAACAAUAUAUGCAGCUUCCAGUAAUGUUCUUCUUUGGCAUAUAAGAAGCUUAAUAUGUGACUGAAAGUGAAUAAAUAAGCAAGUUGCCAGUUGCUCUCGUUUUUGUUUGUAGGAGUUAUUCUUGUUGUUCAGGUAUUUUUAAAAACAGGAGCAAGGGUAAAAUUGAAGAAGUUCCUUUAAAAAGGUAUCAGCUGAAAUUGUGUUACAUACUAUUUUGUUGUUCCAACAAAUAGCGAAAUGUUCUGUUGUCGCACUUUAUUGUGCAGUUCUGUUGUUUUUUUUUAAUUGUGUAAUGUAUAGUUUGUUGUGAGUACCAAAUUAUGUUAUAUACUUUCGUUAAUAUGUGAUUGAUCAGACAAUGUAAAAUAACUAGGAAGUAUUAUAGUACUGGAUGAAGGAGAGGGUGGUAGAAUGUGUUAUGCAUCUACCUAGUCAUGUUUUUCAUUACAAGUGACCUAUGAGAAAUAUAAAGGGUUUUAUGAAGCAGUGAACCUCAGCUCUAUGGUCCAGAGGACCAGUGAGUAUGUCUGAACAGUUCAUGAAAUAAUGCAUUUAGACUGAUGUAUUGCAAGCACGACACUGAAUAGUCAUUUUCCUGUGAUCUUUGUGCCAUAGGAAAUAUUUACAUUUUAUAUUUGUGAGCUUAAAUACAGGGUGUCCUCUCACAUGGAAAACCGGUAAUGAUUUGUGCAGUUGCUGAAAAAUGCAAAACAAGAUAAAAUGUGUUUGGGCUGCUGUUCUAUUUAACAAGCAUGUUGUCCGUGAGUUGCUGUCAAAAGGACCAAUAUGUUUCUGGUCAUUGUUGCUUGUAUUAUGUUUUUGUGGUAUCACUGAAUAAAAACCAUUUUGCUCCUGGCACAUUUUGAAAACUUAAUUUGUCAAAAAUGUUGACAGUGUAAUAGUGAUGGUGUGAAAACACUGUGCAAUUAGGCUGUAAUAAAAGAUUUUUUAAAAAUAAAAUGAAUACAUACAUAUAAUAUUCAGAAACAGAGUGAACAUGUAAGCCUGAUACACUGAGCUUUGAUUGUGUAUUCUGUGCUUGUUGGAUUUCAAUAAAAUAUGUAAUGAUGGUGAGGUUCGCAAACAAAUCAUGAAACGAGUGACAAUGGCAGAAGGAAGCAUCUUUAGCUAUUUUCAAAAUUGGAACUUAGUGUAGUAAACUUAGGUAUUGAGUCAGCUGUCACAUUUUGUGAACAUUGCAUAUUCAGUCUAUGUACCAUAAAUUUAGUCAUACAUGAAAAAUAAGAGAAAGACUGAAGAAUUGUUACUAAUAGUGUUAAAUAUGAGUGGGCACCCUGCACAAAGGAGUAAAUAAAAUAGAGAAGAGUGUGUGUGUGUGUGUGUGUGUGUGUGUGAACGUGUGCAUGCUUAGGAGUGUGUGAGCGAGGGCAAGUGCGCAAACGUGCGUGCGCUUGGGAGUGUGUGAGCGUGCGUGCGUGUGCUCGUUUGUACAUCCGGUUAUUGGUGAGGGAUAUUCAGACAUUUAAUUUGGAUAACAUUCAUUCUGAAAGAUCACAUUUUCAUAUUCAAAAGUCUAUUCAUUAGCAAUUGUCAUUCCAAUAUCACUUUGUGUCUGGUGGUUUUAAUCAUUGUUAUAUAGAUCACAGAGCCUCUGAUGUAUGUUGUUUACGUGGUAUUGUUAUGUGAGUAUUAAGAUUUAUUUUCUUCUUCCCACAGAAAUUUCAUUUUAACCAUGAUUGCUUUAGAAAUGAUAUCAAUAGUGCAUUGAGUUAUUUAUUUUUCAAAAUGUAUACAGCACAGAAGGAGACAGUGAUACAAAUUGCAUCACAUGGGACUUAGGUGUGCUAACAAUUUCAAGCCCUCUAGAGAUUUUUACAGUACUCAGCUUCACACUAAGGAUUUCAUGUUAGUGAAGAGCUUUAUUGCUUUCUCAUAGUGGCUUAACUGGCUGCAGAUCACUGCAGUUGCAACUAAAAGACCUUUAUUUAGAAAGAUGCUGUCCCCAUAUUCCAGAACUCUGUGGUGUGUAUAAAGUCCUAGGAUGUGAUCUCUCAGGUUUUCUCGGGGCAGUUAUUUAAUUGUGUACGUCCAGUUGUUCUGUCAAGCUGCUGUUUCCAUUUUGUGCACAGUAUUUUAACAAGUAACCCAGCCAUCCUGUUCAGGUGCUGUAAGUUUUGUUAUGUGUACUUGCUGCCUGGGCUCCAUCCAGACUGUGAGCUGGGUUGGUCUCAUGCCAGUAUUUGUAGCAGAGUUUGAUUCCCAAUGCCGACUGUGCCCUUUUGUUUUUCAGAGCCUGCACAGAUAUUCCAUGAAAUGCAAAUCCUCUCAGCAUUUCUCAUCUUUGGUGGAUGUGGUGGCCAGCAAGAUCUUAAUAAAUUGCAUGCCAGAUCCCAAGCUAGGUUUAAUUUGAAACCUCAUCCCUGUCUAACAUGUUUUUUAUUGAAGUAUGGAUUUAAGAAAAUUUAAUAAACAAGGCUGGAGAUUUCAGUUUAAACAACGCUUGUGGUUUGGUUCUCAAAUUGUUAAGAUCUAAGUGACCUUCACUUCCACCAGAGCUGGAAAACACUGAGAGAAUUUGCAUUUCACGGAAUAUCAGUACAGUCUUUGAAAAACAAAAGAACUUCAAACGGUGUUGUGGGCCUCAGGAAUCAAACUCGGCUACAAAUAGUGGUGCGAGUGAACAAUAAUACAGAGACUGCUAGGAGUCCAGGUAGUGAGUAUGCUCAACAGCAAAACUCUUAGCACCUGAAGAGGAUGGCUGGGUUGGACAUUGAAAUAUUACGCAUAAAAUCGAAAUAAAUACGCAGUAGAUCCCUGGGAAACACCAUUAAGUCCCAGGGUGCUGUCCCUACCAUCAUAACUUAUUUUUGUGUGUGUGUGUGUGUGUGUGUGUGUGUGUGUGUGUGUGUGUUAUGAAAGGGAGAGAGGUGGGGAGGGGGGGGAAGGGUUAAUAAUUAAUGGAUGUUUGUAAGAGAUGAAUGAAAUGAGAGGAGCAGAAUGGUCGUUCAGAGCAUCGAAAUACUGUGUUCAGGUACUGAAUGUGAUGUAUUGUGUUUUUACUUGUAUAUUGUGGGCAGUGAGUAGUGGCGAUCAAAGAUGAAUGUUUCAAGUUAGACUGUAAUUCUUGGAAAUCGUGUGACUUGUAAGUUUUUAAUUCAAAACUCUCAGUAAUGAAUAUGUGCAAUUAUUUAAGAAUAAGUGCUGUUUGUGUCUGAAAUUGUAUAAUACAACCUGGCAGUUGCAUGUGUUCAUGCUAUUUGUGUAAAUUACCUAACAGACUUUUUUUUACUAUUGUAGAAAAAAAGCCAUUAUUCUCUUUCUCAGCUACACCAUUGUAUGGAAGAAUUUAAUAGUGUAGUAUUUGAUGUUCAACAAUUCUAUAUCAGAUAACUGUGUGUUAAAUAAAUUAAGAAACAAUUUUCAAAAUAUUUGUUCUCUUGAUUCUCAAUUACUACGUUGAUACUUGAUCAUGUUACUUCAGAUACUGAAAAUUGAAGUAAUGUAAUGAAUAUAAAUGGGUUUUUAUAAAUGUAAGUGAGAGUAAACCAUUUAUCACCAUAUUCACAGUCGAGAAUAUGGUGAUAAAUGGUUUACUGAAAAACAUUAGUGGAAAGCACUGAAAUUACAUUUAUGUGCCUAUUUCAAAAUGGGAAAAUUUCUGUUUCAUGCCACCAUCUUAGAUUUUAAACAAAGUGAAAAACAAGUAACAUAUUCCUUAGGUUCAUAAAUAGUUCUUGAGAUGUAUUUGGACUAAAUUCAAAUUAGAAUUUUAGUUUGUCCUUCGUUUUAGACCUGUGCUUACAUGAUUUGCUUUUGUGUAGUAGGGAUAUGCUUUCUUCCAGGAAUGCUAGUUCCGCUAAGUAUGCAAGAGAGAUAUAAAGUUUGAAAAAGAGAGGAGAGAUACUGGCUGAAAUGAAGUCUUAACGGCAGGUCAUGCAUGAUAGCUCAGUCAGAAAGAACAUUGCAUGUGAAAGGCAAGGGUCUGGGAGCCCGAGGCUGGCACAUAGUUUGUUUGCCAAGACGUAUCAAAACAAUGUUCCCUCUGAUGCUGAAUGAAAGAUUCAUUUUAUAUAUCUGUAAAUUUUUUUCUGCUCACAAAAAACUGGUAAUAGUUGGCUUCACCGUCCUAAACUCUUUGGCAGUGCUAAAUACGAUCUCAUUAACAUCUUGUAUACAGUCAUUUGAUAGAUGUUUUUCUCUUCUCGAAUUUUUCUCUUCCAAAUCGUUACAUGCUUUUUUACAAGUGCUUUUAUGUAUAUAAUAUUGGAAUAGUAUCCUCACGUGUAAAAUCAAUAUUAUUUGUGACUGGAGAGUCAUCAGUAUUGCUGAUAGCAGAUAUUGUGAGUUUUUCUUGCAAUUUGUGUGCAUUAUAUUUUCAGUAUAUUCAUAAGUUGGGUUGAUAGUCUCUAUGCCAAUUUUGACUAAAUUGUUUAAGUUUCCUUAUAGCUAUUCACAAGAAUGCUUUCCUGUGGAUAGUAUAAUUUUCAAUGAAUAUUUGACU